AUGGCGGCUCGCCGUCGAAUCGCCAUGUCGCCGAAGCUGCUCGCCGCGCUCGCCAUCGCGGUGCGCCUCGUCGCUCUCGCCGCCGCCAUGUUCGCGCCGGACGGCAACGUGGCAUCGCUGGACUCGGAGAGUUUCGCCUCCCAAGUGCUCGGUCAACCCGCCGUCUGGCUCGUGGAGUACCACCAGGACAAGUGCGAGCCGUGCAUGCAGUUCGCGCCCGAGGUCGCCAAGGUCGCCGACUCGCUCAAAGGGCUCGUCAAGGUGGGAGCCAUCAACUGCAACAAGGCGCCGGACGUGUGCAUGCAGGCGCAGAUCAAGGAACUGCCUGCAUUCAGGCUGUACCCAUGGGAGGUGAGGGCCAACCCGUACACGCACAAGCGCUACAAGGACGCGCCUCAGGUGUUCACAGGAGACAACACAGCCAAGGCGCUCGUCAGCUUCGCCACUGCCGCCCUACCCCACGACCUAGUGGCCAACAUCUCCUCUGGCGCCUCUGCUGAUGCUUUCCUCUCCACCAACGCCACCCUCAACAAGGUGGUGCUCUUCUCCACCAAGCCUGCCGUCACGCCGCUCUUUAAGGCGCUCUCGCUGCAAUUCAGGAAGCGGCUGGUGUUUGCGCAGGCCAAGUCAACUGAUGAGGCUCUGGCGGCCUCCUUUGGCGCCACCUCCUUCCCCGCGCUCUUCCUGCACAAGCCGGACGGCAACAGGCAGCUCUACGACGGUCCGCUCAAGCCCGAGCCAAUCGCCGCCUUCCUUGAGCAGUUCGCCGCCCCGGCCGAGCCCGCCGCUGACUCAGCGACAGCUGGCGAGGCGGAGGGGGGGCCGGGGGGGGAGGAGGGGCAAUCGCGGUGGGUGCGGCAGAUGAGGGCGGCGAAUGUGAGCAGCCAGGUGCUACAGCGUGAGGAGAUGUGGAUGGUUGCCCUCACGUCCUCUGCCGAGGAGUGCAGGGAGGUGAAGGAGAAGUUUGAGAAGACAGCAGAGGAGCUCGUGGGCAUGAUCUUUGUGGGAGUGGUGGACAUGCACACGGAUGAGGAUGCCAAGAGUCUUGCGACCAAGUACGGGGUGAAGGAGCAGUGUGGAGAGGCGCUGCUAUUCCCCUUGGGAGACGACAAGGAGGAGAACGAGCCCGAUCGCAUGCCCCUGGCGGCCUCCCUCAAGGCCAUGACAGCAGCAGUGUACGCCCUGGCGCCCGACUCCUUUGUGCGCCACAUCACUGCUGACUCGCUCGAGGUCUUCGCUCAGACCAACCCGCUGCAGCCCAAGGUGUUUCUGUUCACGAAUAAGAGGGAGACACCUGGCAUGUACAAAGUGCUCUCCACCACCUUCCGCAAAGACGCUCUCUUUGCCCUGGUGCAUGAGAGUGAGAAGAAGGUCAUCGCUCGGUUCAAAGUUGCCAAAUUCCCCCACAUGUCGAUAAUGUUCCCGGCGCCCAGUCCAGGGAGGGAGGGCGAGGUGCAGCUGACAGUGCGGGACUUUCCCGGCCCCCUCAAGUACCACACUGUUGCGCCGCAGCUCAUGCAGUUGGUGGCGGCAGCGCGGCAGUUUGCGGCGCCAACAGCGGAGAUAGUGGCAUUGGGGGAGGGCAAGGAGGGGCAGGAGGAUGCCUUCCAGACAGAAUGCGUCGACUCCAAUCGCCUGUGUGUGAUUGGUCUGUUCAACACCGACUCCCCACUCGACCAGCUCAAGCGGGUGGCAGCCAAGUGGCUGCGGGGCGGCCAGUUUGUCUUCAUGUGGCUGGACUCCGGGCGGCACAAGGCGUUGGCAUCGCGAGUGCUCCCGCUGCUAGGCGUGAGCCAUGAGGACCUGCCGACAGCGGUGGUGGUGAGCCCGCGCAAGAUGCGCUGCGCCGUGCUGCCAGAGAGCUUCUCCCCGCCCAUCCUCGACGCCUUCCUCGACUCGCUGCUCGCCGGCCGCGUCCGCACCUUCCCCCUCGAUCGCCUGCCAUCGUUCCUGCCGGGCCCUUCAAUGGAGUCUUUUCCCGCAUCAGAGGCGGCAGAGGAGGCAGCAGAACCAGAGCCGAUCGCAGAGGAGGAGUUUGAUCUGGCGGACAUCAUGAGCGAGCAGGUGGAGGACGCCGAUGCCGUCGCCUCAAAGGAGCACAAGAUUCUGCAGGUGGAGGACGCCGAUGCCGUCGCCUCUAAGGAGCACAAGAUUCUGCAGGGCCUGUGGGAGCUGCUGGCGCCGGUGGGCCGACGCGUGUCCGUGGAGGCCCUCGCCAACAAGACGGUAGCUGUCGAUGCGAGCAUAUGGCUGGUGCAGUUUCUCAAGGCGAUGCGCGACGAUCGCGGCGAGCUGCUGCCAGGCGCGCACCUGCUGGGCUUCCUGCGGCGCGUGUGCAAGCUUCUCUUCCUGCGCAUCCGCCCGCUCAUCGUCUUCGACGGCGCCACUCCCGCGCUCAAGCGCCGCACCGUCCUUGCGCGCCGCCGCCAGCGGGAGAACGCGCAGAUCAACCUGCGCAGGACGGCGGAGAAGCUGCUGCUCAACCAGCUGCGGCUGCGUAAGCUGGAAGAGGCAGCACAGGAGAUGCAACAGAGGGGCAGGGGGCGGGCGGUGGGCAGGGGGACAGGAGGGGCGCGGGGAGGGGGCAAAGGAAAGGAGAAGGUGGAAGAGGUGGUGGGCGAUAAGAAGCAGGAGGAUGAGGGGCGAGGGAGGCGCUGUUCAGAAGACAAGGCAGCGCAGGAGCAGGGCGGCUGCAAUGAGGAGGCGAGGAGGGAUCAAGAGCACGCUGAUGCUCUCCUGGCAGCAUCGCUGGCAGCUGAGUGGGCAGGGCAAUCCGCGGGCACCUCUGGUGCUGCCCCGAACGUGGCAGGCACCUCCCGUGAUGCCGGUGCUGCUGCUGCUGCUGCUGCUGCUGCUGCUGCUGUGGCUUCGGUAGCUGCAGCUACUGCUGGUGGUGCGGGCGGUGGUGAGGCGGCCAGGGGGCCAGUGGAAAUGGAGGGAGGUGAUGAUGGCAGCGACGAGGACAGUGAUGAGGACGACUUGACCGAACAAGCUAUGGCGCUCCUGCCGGAGGUGGCAUCUGGGGGAGGCGCACCCCUGGAUCCGGCAGUGCUGGCCUCGCUGCCACCCUCCCUGCAGCUACAACUGAUGGUGCAGAUGCGCGAGCAGCUGGUGGCGGAGAAUCGCCACAAGUUCGAGCAGGCUGCCAAGGUGAGAGGGAGGGGGGACAGCAGGGGUGUGAACAUCACAAGUGCCUGCCUCUCCCCUUCCCCCUACCCUCCCGUCCCGCACCGCUCUCGCCUCCACCAGGCGCCAGCGGCGUUCUCAUCGCUGCAGGUGGGCGCCUAUCUGCGCACGGCUGCCAUGCGCCGCCAAAUCGACUCCGUGCGCUCCGCUGCCGCCUCUGCCUUCGCUGCCUCUGCCCCCGCCGCUGCCUCUGUUGCCGUUGCUGCUCCCUCCACCGUUCUCAAUUCCACCCCUGGUUCUUCCUCUGCUGCUGCUGCAGUGGGAGCAGUGGGGGCAUCAGGAGGGGAAGUGACUGGCGGGGGUGUGGCCGGGCGAGCAGGAGGAGCAGCAGAGGCGGAGGAAGGAGUGGGGGUGGGUCGAGGGGGUGGAGGGGGCGUGGGCGGGGGGCGGAUAGCAUCGGAGGCGGGCAGGGAGUUUGUGUUCACCUCCUCUGUGGGGCAGGGCACGGGCGACACUCCCCUAGGACGGCGCCUGCCCCCAUUGUCAGCAGCACCCGCACAGGGCAGGGGGGGGAAGGGGCUGCGCGGGAGGGGCAGGGGGAAGGGCGCCUGGGGGCACCGAUGGACGGGGGAAGAUGCUUGGGGGGAGAGGAGGGGAGGAGGGGGAAGUGGCAAGGCGAAGCAAGUGGAAGGGGAUAAGGACAAGGAGGGGGCAGAGGACGAGUGUGAGAGGGAUGGUUUGCGGGAUUUCUCCUGGGGGGGAGGGAGGGGGCAGGGGGGCGCGGAGGGGCUGCUGCAGCUGCCUGGCAUUCUGCAGCAGGCGGUGAGCUGGGGGAGGGGGAGGCGGAGGGGGGAGCCGGGGGGACAGUCGGGGGAGGGCGCUAGAGAGGCAAAGGACGGUGGGACUGGCGGGGCCGGGGAUGGGGCGUGUGGAGUGAGUGGAGGCGUUGAGACGAGGGUGGAGGGGGCGGAAGAAGAGGGGGAGGCAGUGAAGGAGGCGUAUCUGGCGCUGGUGGCAGAGGAAGGCACGGCGCAGUCGACACAGACAAGUGGCAGUGCUGCCAACACAGACGCUGCUCCCGGUUCUGCUGCUCGUGAUGCCCCUCCUCUUGGCGGCAGUGGCUCCAAUGCUGCUGCUGGCAGCGCUGCAGCAGACAAUGCUGCUGAUGGCGAUGACAAAGAGGCAGCCGAGGGGGAGACGGCAGGAGGGGCAGCGGAGGGUGGAAGUGUGCCGACAUACAGGGAUGAACAGGGCAGGGUGCGAGUGAGUCGCGUGCGGGGCAUGGGCGUGCGUAUGACUCGUGACCUGCAGUGGAACCUGGUGCUCAUGCGCGAGCGGGAGAAGGAGAGGGCGACGGGCACGGGGAAUGGGGGCGAGGAGGAGAAGGGAAGGGAUAUAGGUGGGGAGAUGAUGAAGGGUAGUGAGGGUGUGCGGGGGAAGGGUGAAGAGCGGGAAGGAGGUGACGAGGAGGAGGUUCAGUGGGAGGAUGGGACGGGGCCUGCUGCCGCCGCCGCUGCUGAUGCUGCUGCUGCUGAUGAUGAUGAUGGUGCUGCUGUCAGGGAAGGUGGGGCAGCAGGAGGUGUACGUGGGAGGGGGUCUAAAAGAGCAGAUGGUGGGUACGAGAAGGAGAAGGGAAGGGGUUUGGAGGGAGGUGAGGGAGGGGAAGGGGAAGAGCAGGAAGAGGGAGAAGGAGGUGAGUUCGAGGAUGAGCUGUUUGCAAUGCUAGUGGCUGCUGGGAAGGUCACAGAAGCAGCACCAUCGCAGAAGCACACACCAAGCACCGCCACACCACGCACUGCCGGUGGGGUCGCUGCUCCUUCCACUGCACUUGCCCCGACCCCGCCACCUGCUGCCACCUCGGCACCUGCGCGUGUCACGGGGACGGAUGCAGAAGAUUGGCGGAAGGAGGAGGAAGAGGAAGAGGAGGAGGAGGAUGUGGAGUGGGAGGACGGAGGAGGGGAAGAGGAGGAGGUACAGUCAGAUCAAGGAAAUGUGGAGGGAGGAGAGGCAAGGGUUGCUGCAGAGAAGAAUGUGCAGGGAAAGGGUUCUCCAGGUGAUGCUGACGUGGACAUGGAGGCUGACGUGGAAUGGGAGGAAGCGCCAGUCAUAGUGCAGCACAUGAAACCAAGCAAGGCGCCUCCAUCCCCCCAACCUGGCCCGCCCUAUGCCCCUACCCCCACCCCUGUCCCCACCCCCGCAACCAUCCCUGCCCCCACCCCCACCUCCGCCGCUGCAUCUGCGGCGCCAAGUGCCUCUACCCGUGCAGGGAGGGAGGGCGCGGGCUCUCUUGCUGGCGAGCAGAGGCGUGGGAGGGCGUGGGAGGAGCAGCAGGUGGCAGAGGCCGUGAGGAGGAGCCUGCAGGACGUGGGGGGGAGGAAGCGAGCUGCGCAGCAGAGUGCGGGUGCAGUGGAUUUUGAGAAGGAUGUGGGGGGGAGUGGAGGGGAGCGAGAAGCGGAGGGAGCGGGGGCAGUGGAGGGAGAGGAGGGGGGAGUGGAAGAGGUGGAGGAGGAGAGAGCAGCAUUGGAGGAGGAAGCGAGGAGGCUACGAGAGGAGAUGGAGGAGGGCCAGCGACGAGUGCAGGAGCUGCUGCAGCAGUGCGGGGUGCCAUACAUAAUAGCGCCAAUGGAGGCGGAGGCGCAGUGUGCAUGGCUGGCGCAGCACGGUGUGGUGGACGCGGUCGUGUCAGAUGACUGCGAUGCGCUGCUCUUCGGCGCUCCCACCCUGUGGCGCCACCUCUUCUCUGAUCGGCACUAUGUGGAGGUGUAUCGCGCUGAGGACGUGCAGCGAGAGCUGGGGCUCAGCAAGAGGCAUCUUGUGCGCAUGGCCAUGCUAUUGGGUUGUGACUACACGCCCGGGAUCAGUGGCAUCGGAGUGGUGAACGCCAUUGAGGUGAUCCAUGCCUUCCCGGGUGCACGCGGGCUGCAGCGCUUCCGCCACUGGCUUGACUCCCCCCAUGCCGCCGCCCUCGCCCACCUGCUACCUGGGGGAGCAGAGGGCGGUGCAGCGGGUGGUGCUGUGGCCGCGGCAGAUGGGUGGGAGGAGGAUGACGAUGGGUGGUGGGAGGAUGAGGCGUCGGAUGAGGAGGAGGAGGAGGGGGAGGAGGGUGGGGAAGGCGGGGGUGCGGAGGCAGUGGGUGGUGCCGGGCAACUUCCCCAGUGCAGCGGUGGCAGCGGCGUUCAACCGCCCCCAUGUGGACCGCAGCACCGCCCCGCCCUCCUGGCACCCGCCCGACCUCCCCGCCCUGCGCCAGUGCGCCUCCCCUCCCUCUCCGCCUCCCACCCUCCCCACUCCUCCACUCUCCCUCCACUUUCCCUUGCCCACCCUCCUGUUUUGCGAUCUCUCUCUGCCCCGGCCCUCCAUUGUUCCUUCUGUGCCUCCUCCUUUCACAGCUUGCUGUGUGUGGCGAAGCUGGGCAUGGCGCCAGAGAAGGCGGAUGCGCUGCUGCUGCCAGUCGUCAAGGCCGCCUCCUCCCGCCAGACCCAGCAGCGGCUGGAGGCGUUCUACUCGUUCAAGCAGCGCUUUGCUAAGAUCAGGUCGCGCCGCGUGCAGCGGGCCGUCACCGGCAUCGCUGGCAGCGCUGCCUGGCACCUCAUGCUGCCGCCCUCGGGGGUCACUGCGCCUGAGGAGGAAGACGCAGAGGAGGAGGAUAUCCUUGACGCUCAUGCCCCUACUGCUAAUGCUGCUGGUGCUGCUGGUGGUGCGGGCAAUGGGAAUGUUUCUGGUGGCAGGGAGCAGGAUGGUGUGGUAGCAGGUGGUGGUGGUGGUGGUGGGGCGACUGGUGUGAGGCGUGGGAAGGCCAAGGGUGCUGCUGUUGCUGUGGGCGGGGAGAAGAAGGGUCGAGCAGGGAAAGGGCGAGGGAGAGGGCGGGGUGUUGCGAGAGAGAGAGGCAGGGGAGGGGGAAGAAGGGGAGGGCGUGUGGGACGGAGGAAAAAGGGAGAUGCGGUGGAGGAGGCGGAGGGCGAGUGGGCAUCCUCAGGCGAGUCUGGGGAGGAGGAGAGGCAUGGCAGGGGCACGGAGGGGGGGGGCAGCAGAACAGAGCAGAGAUGCUGGCAGCACGCGAGGGGCUGA